CGGAACUACGCGGGUGGCGGGCAAAGAGCUACAGUUGGUUGCGGGCUGUCGCCCUGAAAGCAAGCAAGCACGCGCGCGCUUCCGUAGGACCCGGGUCACGGCACGCCGCGACCCUCGUGAUCGCGCGCGUAACGAGUCGCGUGUGUAUCGAGCGGGUAAUUGCGCUCGGGUCUCGGCCGCCGCGCGAGAGAGAUCGGCCGAGCGAUCGUCGCGGUCAGUCAGUCCGCCAAGGUCUCUCGGUCGCGGACACGCGACACAGUGACAGGCAGUGACAGGCAGGCACGCUCCGCUCUUCAAUCAAGAUACUGAUUUAUUUCUGAUAGCGCCAGUCGAUAGUUUUCCUCAUUCGCGUUCCUCGCGCUCGCACGAGGCGACUCUUCGGCCACGCGAUUCGCCGAGGAAAUCUCGACCAAAUGGGGUUCGUUGGGGUAGGAGAAGGAGGGGGAGGCGCUACGUGAUAAUUGCCUGCUCCGAAUGGCCGCGGUAAAUUGAAUCGUGCGACCGUGUGCAUGUGUGUUUAAAUAUCAUAACGUUUGAUAAUUCAUUGUCUCGGCGAGGGAAGAGGGGGUAGAGAGAAAGUUCGAGGGUUUCCCGGUGAGUUUGGAUUAAUUGAGGAGAUCUCGAGAAAACUCGUUCCGCGAAUGUGACCUCAUAUCCGCGACGAUGAUGAACGCGUAGAUUAAUUGUGAUAGACGAUUAGAGAAUCCGGAAAUAUCAAUAUACAACACAACAGCGGAAGUGAUGCGCGAGAGGAAUCCGGCGGGGAUCCAAGACGGACGAGUCCUAACUGCGAAGAAGGAGAAUGAUAAGCGAAAUCCCGGGUAUUCCGAGAGACCGUGGUAUCGCGCGAAGAGGAGAAAUCUUCUCAAGGGAACCGAGAUACUGGCACAUCGCGCACGAAAGUCGCGAUCGGAGCGAUCCUCUUGAACUCGCGAGGAAGGGAAAUUAUCUUUUCUUUAACUCCCGGCCAAGUUGGCGGUAUAUACGUGCACGUGCACGUGUCUGGCACCUUGCGUACCUGAAACAGUUUCCGGACUGUUUCGUUGAGCGCGCGCAAGUAAGUCGUUCCAGUUAAUCGCACUUUAACUCGAGCUACGGUGAAGGAUUGACGGGGAUCAUGAAUGCGGCGUGCGAGAAGUGACUUCACUCGCGCCGUCGAUCGUAACGUCGAACACGAGUAAGGUCUUUUUUCUCUUUGGCCUUUGGAUUUUCAGAUUUGCUGUUGAAUCGCAGUAUCAUUUUUUCAAGAAAACGUCCAAUACCGGAUUUUAUAAAGUCCAAAACUGUGUUGUCAAUUUGGGUAGGUCAUCAGCGGAUGAUCUGAGGGACGAAAGAGAGAGAGAGAGAAAGAGAGAGAGGAGAGAGAGAGAGAGGGUGGACCUGAAAAGCCGAACGCGAUCAAUCUUGUCGCGCGCGAAAGGCCAAAAGAUGCUCCCGUCCCCUCGGUGUAGUAGCACGACAGCCCCGGUUUGCGAUUCGACAGGUUCAUUGUCGCGCAUUUCAUAACUGGGACUAUACAUGGCGGCACGUGACGUGUGACGUAUGACACGUCAAAGUUCGCGUCGGGAUUAUCGAAUCUCGCGACGAUGUGUUGUUGCACGGUGUGUCGGAAAACGUUGUUAAGAUAAACGCUGGUUGAUCCCGUUUUCGCGGCCUGUACAGAGGACAAAGGUUUCUCCUUAAAACGCGGUGCUUUGAUUUGACGCUGAGAAGGAUUAAGGCGCUUGUCUACGACGCCUGAAUUCCCCUGUGCACACACAUCGGUGGUUCUCUGUGAUUUCGCGUUAAACCCAACUAAGAGCAAUAACAAAGCAAUCAUAAAGUGCAUUAAGGAGAACAGUAUUAUAUUAUUUCACGGCCGCCGCAACACAAAUCGUGUUUCGUUUCUGUAGGGAGAAAUUCGACGAGGUAUAAGAUUCGUGAAGAUACAAUUUCGGGAUUGAGAGGAACUAUUUGGCCGUUGGAGGUCAACUCUUAUUUUUUAUUAAAAAUACAGUCGAGAUUUUGGUGCAAGUAUUUAAGAGAGAGACUGAUGGCGAAAUUAUACUGCGCAUUUGCCGAGUGAUAAUAACGUCUUGAUGGAGACAUUUUAAAAAAACACGAAACAAAGUCUUUUUGUGACGAGAGAGAGAUUACCAAUCUCGGUAGCAAAGGAGCGACGAGUGAACGAAGAGGAAAAGGACAUCAGUGAUAAUGUUAAGGAAAAAAGAGAAAUUAUCUGAAAGACGUCGAGAGGAACGACAUAUAUCUUUUGCGACAUAGGUUAAACAAUCACGAUUAUUCAUAGAGUGGAGAAAGAGAGAGACGUUUGCCGGAACGGAAAGGAGACUCGAGGGAAUCGCGGAACGGAAUUUCAUUACCGUAUUAGUCGGAAUAAAUACUCGAAGGAUUUUCGUAGGUAAGAUCGAUUACGAGAUUCCGAUAGUUCGCUCGCUUUCGACAUCCAUCUUCCGGGGACCCAGACAAGGAUAUAUUUCUGCGUCUUUCUCUCUCUCUCUCUCUCUCUCUCUCUCUCUCUCUCUCUCUCUCUCGUCUUUCUGUCUGUCUCUCUUCCUAACUUUCGUUCUCUCUCUCUCUCUCUCUUUCUCUCUCUUCCUUUCUCUGUCUCCGCUUCUGCUUCCUCUUUCCUGUGGCGCACAUCCAGACUCUCCUCGUCUCGAAAAGUUUCAGUGGCCUCGCGUGAUAUCGCGAGCAUUAUGCAUGACCCAGCCGUCGAGUACCCGCAUGUGACGCCCACGAUCGUUUUACGUCGUUCCGAAAGUAACAGCUUUUUGGCAAACACGAACAAUUCUGUCUCACGAGGGACGGUUCGUUUUGUCAAGUCGAGCGAAAGUCCAACGAGAGGGAAGCGCGGUGAUCCGUGAGACAUUCGCGAAUUCGCAGAAUCCUUCCGUACGACAGACGUCAGAGUGAAAAUACAUCAGAAAGACGACUCCGUGGGGACAAUUCAAUGUCCGCCGCUCGGAAGCUCGUCGCCCGUAUCUUCGAAAUAUCGAGACCACUUAACGAGCACUUCCGAGAACGGCAAUUAACGAUGACAGACAUAGAAGCGUACAUCGCGCUACGUCUCAGACGCGAUCAACAAUUCCGGCGACGGCCAGGUCGGAUAAUCCUAUCGGCGGAUAUUCGCGCCGUGAGGGAAUAGUCUCUCGCGGGAGAAGAGGCGAUACGAUCGGUUAUCCAUCCUCCAGCUUCUCUCGAAUCAACGACGAAGACUCUAAGACGCGACAGUAGACGGGCGAAAUGAAUCCCAUCAUUUGUCCCAAGACGAAUUCCACAAAGUGAUCCAUAAAGGAACGGACGUGCCGCGAAGAUUGGACUAUUGAACCUUCGGUAGUGAGUUCAGCAACGCGACAUCCCGCAGGACGAAUCACGUUAUCGUGUGAACGCGGAUUUAUGGUGAUUAAUUGGUGAUUUCGGGGACCAUGGACAAGCCGCGCGAUCGGACGAUCGUCCGGCAGACAGGGAGCCGUUCAUCGACCGUAACCGGAAAGCUGGCGCCGGGAUGCUGCACGCGGUUAUGCUAGGUAGUGGUCCAGGACGGGGGAGACGCGAGUGGUAUCCAGGAUUUUAUCUCCAACGUCGUCGUCUUGGCUGUAGGAUGAAUCGCGGCGAGCAGGAGAUUCUCUUCCGGCAGAGCCGGCAGAUCACGCAGAUCGUACCUUCCCGCGAGGACCUCGUUUUGAGCGUCCUCAAGUCACCGAUUAAUCAGCAGCAGCAGCAACAGCAGCAACAACAACAACAACAACAGCAACGACAGCAGCUGUGCCGACAUCCGUAUCAGUCGCACACCCAUGGUCACUUUAACUGCCAAGGUCAUCCGCAUAAUAAGAAGUGCAGUCAUUCAGGUGACACCGAGAGUCUUCCACGAAGCAAGGACCAAUGCUCUAGGCACGCGGAAAAGCGGUGCGGCGCCGCCUACGCCGCCCUCCGGGGCAGCGAGGACGAGCUCGCAGCCGAGCAGGGCCUCGAGGCGGAGGACACCGCGUUGAAGACGCCUGGCAGCGAGACCGAGGACACCGAGGACAACGGCGCGAACGCGGGGGAGCCGCCGUCGCCCGCGCGCCGCUUCACCUUCCUACGUCGCUUCCGCUCGCCGCGCUUCGGCGAGGCGCACCACAAGCGGGUGCCGACUCCCAUGAAGCGGAAGUACCGGCGCAAAAAGAGCAAGGAGGACAUCAUUAACAAUGACGUGGCCGGCGGCGAGGAGGAGGAGCCCCCGAGUCCCGAUCAGACCGCCAUUCCCGAUCCUUACUACCCGAUCUACCUACCGAUCGAUCAGGCCUUCAAGGCCAAGUACGUGUUCCAUCACAAGCGGGGCAAGACCUUCCAGGAGCGCCUCUACGUGUUCCUCGAGCAUCCCGGCGGCUGGCUGUGCUUUGUCUACCAUUUCGCUGUGUUCAUGGUGGUAUUGGUAUGCCUCAUAUUUAGCGUUUUGUCAACGAUAGACCAAUACAGUAACUUCGCAAACGAAACUCUGUUUUGGAUGGAAAUAUGUCUCGUAGUAUUCUUCGGAGUCGAAUAUCUGGUUCGACUAUGGAGCGCGGGCUGCAGAUCCAAAUAUAUGGGUUGCUGUGGACGGCUGCGAUUCAUUCGGAAACCGAUUUGUAUCAUAGAUUUAAUUGUUGUAGUAGCGUCCAUGGUAGUCUUAUCGGUAGGAAGCAAUGGACAGGUAUUCGCCACUUCCGCCAUCAGAGGCAUUCGGUUUUUGCAGAUUCUGCGAAUGCUUCAUGUCGAUCGUCAAGGUGGCACGUGGCGGCUUCUGGGUUCGGUGGUUUUCAUACAUCGUCAGGAGCUGAUUACAACGCUGUACAUUGGAUUCUUAGGCCUUAUUUUCAGCAGUUAUUUUGUAUAUCUUGCCGAAAAGGACGCAGUUGGACCUAAUGGCAAAACAGACUUCGCGAGCUACGCCGAUGCGCUUUGGUGGGGAGUGAUCACAGUAACGACGAUAGGUUACGGUGAUACGGUUCCGCAGACAUGGAUGGGAAAAAUAGUGGCCUCGUGUUUCAGCGUGUUCGCCAUAUCAUUUUUCGCACUUCCAGCUGGUAUCCUAGGUUCCGGCUUCGCGCUGAAGGUACAGCAGAAGCAACGACAGAAGCACUUCAAUCGGCAAAUACCGGCUGCCGCGAUGUUGAUACAAUGUCUGUGGAGGUGUUACGCCGCUGACAAGGCCAUCAACAGCGUUGCUACGUGGAAUAUCUACAUCAAGGAUCCAGCCCCGGCCGGCCAGCCCUCGACACCUCUGGGCAAGUUGAUUUGUGUAAAGAAGAUGGUGGCAAAGAAGGCGAGUGUGCUGAAGAGGCGGAAGUCGCGGAACCGAAUGGACGUCCAGCAGCAGCAGCAACAACCGGCCCUGCCGCCCGUCACGAUAUCAGGCGGCAUAUCGGCCGGUGCCGGGACCGGACAGAACGACGGGCAGAAUCAGCGUCUUGAGAAUGAGGGGGACGUGGUCUUUUACAUGGAGGAGCCCAAGGUGGGCACGCCGAAUCGCGCCAGGCGCGACAACCGUGUGUUUCCGGUUGGCAGGGGAAGCCUCUUCACCUCGCAGACGAGUUCGGUGACGGAGGCGACCAGCGACGAAAUUGACAUCGACAUCGAAGAACCGCAGAGAGUAACUACGUUGACAGAGGCGCACCGGAACGCUAUUCGGGCGAUCAGGAAGAUAAAGUACUUCGUGGCUCGCAGAAAGUUUCAACAGGCCCGAAAACCGUACGACGUUCGUGACGUCAUCGAGCAAUACAGCCAAGGCCACCUGAACAUGAUGGUGCGGAUUAAGGAGUUGCAGAGGAGAUUGGAUCAGACCCUGGGUAAACCUGGGAGCUACCUGGCAGGAAUCGACCGGGCUGGCAACGUAAAACCCAUGACGAUUGGCGCGCGUUUAUACCGCGUGGAGCAGCAGCUGUCGGUGAUGGACAAGAAGCUGGACCAGCUGGUGUACGUGUUGAACGCGGUGGCGCAGAAGCAACAGAUACCCCUGCGUAGUAUAGAGGACGACGUGUAACAGAGAGCCCCCGGCGAGCUCGUGCAAUCUGUUUUACAAGCAGCCGCGGUCCCGCGAAUGGUUCUCCUGCCCCGCGUCACCAUAACUACAGUGACGCCGAGUAUGUUCAGCGAGGGCUGUUAACGCGGGAGAUAGACGACGGUACGCGCCUGAUGAUAGUGCCGGCUGCUCCGAAAACAUGUUCGGAAAGUACAAACGUCAUAGAACGAACGCUAUGAAACACAAUUCCACUCAACCCCCUAGAGAGAGAGAGAGAGAAAGAGAGAGAAACUACAAAGUCAUCGCGGGACGUGGCGUCUGGAAAUCGUGACGAUACUUCCUUGGAAGAGGAAUGUUUGUUCGCCGAUUCGAGGACAAAGUCCUCAAGCG